ACCGCUGGCUGUAACGCAGUGUAUAGCAGUGUGCAGUGUGUUGAGUGUAUUGAGGUUAUCUAUUGCGGACGAUGUCAGAUGUGAUAUUGCACGUAGCUAAUACGCUGUAAUCAUGUCAUCAACAUAUUUGACAGGAGGCAAAUUAAAUAUUGGGCUUAUACAAGAACAAGCGAGAAAACGGUUGCUUUGUUUGCUAGAAAAAUGCGAUGGCUCCAAGGCUAUUAUAUGGGAUCAAUCGUUAGCUGGACCAAUUGGUCUUGUUGCAAAGUAUAAUUUAUUGGAGGAAUAUGGUGUCGUAAAAAUGUAUCCAUUGUAUGGUGGAACUUUGACAAUACCACCUAAUAUUGCCAACAUCAUAUUCAUUUCAAGACCACAAUUGGAACUCAUGGAUUUAAUUGCUGAAAAUAUUCAUGGUGAAGAGGGUAAAAGGCCACGCAAAGAAUUUCAUUUAUUUUUUGUACCACGGAAAAGUCUACUCUGUCAAAAAAAACUUCAGAAUCGUGGUGUAUUUGGCAGUUUCACAUUGAUAGAAGAAUUCAAAUGUGAUCUCUUUCCAUUUGAUAAUGAUCUAUUAUCAAUGGAACUAAGUGGAUCCUUUAAAGAAUUCUAUUUGGAAAAUGAUCCCACUUGUCUAUAUCAAGUUGCACAAGCUAUACAAGGUUUACAGAAAUUAUAUGGAAAAAUUUCAAGAAUCACAGGAAGAGGACCAGCUGCUAGCAAAGUUUGGGAAUUAUUACAGAGAUUAAACAGAGAAGAAGAAGAUAAUAAAGCAGUUUCUACCUCAUCUGUUGCUAUUGAACACUUAUUAUUAUUGGAUCGAUCUGUAGAUUUACUUUCGCCGUUAGUUACACAGUUAACUUACGAAGGACUAAUUGAUGAAAUAUUUGGAAUAAAAUAUAAUACUGUGCAAUUACCUGCGAGAAAGUUUCAUGAUUCCGAUGACUCUCCCACAGCUAUAUCUUUAAAUGAAAAAGAACAAAUCAUAUUGAAUUCAGGAGAAGAACUUUUCGCUGAGAUCAGAGAUAAAAACUUUAAUGGUGUUGGCCCGGUUUUGAGCAAGAAAGCUAAAAUAAUUUCAUCUCAGUUUGACGAAAGACAUGGAGAUAAGAGUGUACAAGAAAUCAAACAGUUUGUUGCAAGAUUACCACAUAUGCUAGCGACAAAGCAAUCUUUAGCAAGACAUACCACAAUUGCUGAAAUGAUAAAAGAAGUUACCGACUCGAGUAAUUUCUUAGAAUCUCUGCAAGUCGAACAAGAAUUGUUAAAUUGUAUCGACACAGACAAACCAAAUGCGUACAUUGAAGAUAUGAUAGCGCAGCAGCAACCAUUACUCAAAGUUUUACGUCUUCUUUGCAUACAAUCAUUGACAAAUUCCGGUUUAAAGCCGAAAAUAUUAGAUUACUAUAAGAGAGAAAUAAUUCACACUUACGGAUUCCAACAUUUGCCAACUAUAUUAAAUUUAGAAAAAGCUGGACUAUUAAAGCAGCAGCAAUCAGUGCGACAAUACGCGGUUUUAAGGAAAGCUUUAAGACUCACGGUUGAGGAUGAGAGUGAAAUAACACCAAAAGAUAUCAGUUAUGUACAUUCUAUAUACGCACCACUGAGUGUGAGAUUAGCAGAACAAUUAGUGCAACCAAGUGGAUGGCAAGGAUUAAACGAUGUAAUGGGAUUAUUGCCAGGUCCUACUGUAAGCAGUGUUCCGUAUAAUGCAUCUUCAGGGAGACGAAAUUCGAUUACUAGCGAAGAUUCUAGUUCUGAACCAACAAAAUUAAUUAUGGUAUUUUUUAUUGGAGGAUGUACUUUUGCUGAAAUAUCUGCUCUUCGGUUUUUAUCACAACAAGAAGACUUAAAUGUUGAAUUUGUCGUGGGAACUACUAGAUUAAUCAAUGGCAACACAUUUCUCACUUCCUUGAUGGAAGAUCUAGAUCACACUUGAAAAGGAGAUUACAUAUGUGCAAAUGACAAAGUAGGAAUAUUUCAUUACUUUUAUGUGAUGAAGUAAAAUUCCUGUAAAUAUUAUAUAUACAUAUAUAUCUUUUCCCUCUUA